UAGAUUAUGGCUGAGACAACACCACUACCGUUAUUGUGGCCAAGAUUUAUGUGCUAAAUGCGAUCAUCUCCAUCCAUGGGUUUGGCAUUUGAAGUGACUUGAAGAGGAUGCAUUUUGGUUGACGUUGUAGAAGAUUUACUUCCAGCAUUAUAUAUUAUUGUUCCACUCUAAUAGAUACUCCUGGAGAAAUCAUUGUUGCAGAUUAGUUUUUGGGGGCUGCAUUAGAAAUUAGUGGAACAUUUACUAGGGCAUUGGUAGAUACAAAUAGGAGAAGACAUUUGGCACAUUUAUAGGCUCAUCAAGGUGACCUUGUUGGGAACCCUGAUUACCAAAGCAGCAUUUGAAUAAAAGACAUAUUAAGCGUACCAAAUCUAUUCUUGAAACUCUAUUAUUUGGGGAGGAAAAAACACAAAAUUAUGUAAAAAUAUUAGACAAACAGUAAUUCUAAUGGACAGGAGAGAAUCAGUUGUACAGAUUGCUGGUAUGCGGCCAUUCGUGUCCGGCAUGAAAAGUUAUCUCGUCAAGCAUGGAGAGCGCGAGUUCGAGAAAGAAGUAGAGAAGGAACGCUUAAAACUUGAGGCAAACGAAUUUCUAAAUCUUGAUGCCAUUCUCGAGGAUGUGAUGAUCCGACUCGUUAUGAGACCACUACGCGAGCAUGUUUAUGAUCUUUUCGUCAAACAUUAUGCCGAAAAUGGCUCAUUAAAAACACUUGCCGAAAAUCUGCGUCAGGCGCAAAACCAAAGUCUUCAUGAUCUCGGCGCUAGUCCUAAAAUUUUGCCACCAUCAGCUGAAAGUUUGGAUAACAUUUUAAAAUAUUUUGAGAAACUUCAAUACGUAGAUUCGCCGCUUGAGAAACUUGACUAUUCAUUAGACGCUAUUUAUGCCAUUCACAAUGCGGUUAAACAUGCAAAUGCAGGAAGGUCAGAUACUCUUGCAGCGGACGAUCUAUUACCGAUUGUUGUUUGGGUCUUAAUUCAAGGUAAAAUUUUUGAUGCGGGAAUAGAAGCUGAAUUCAUGUGGGAUUUGAUACACCAACAUUCUCUAGUGCCGUACAAUUUCUAAAAACUUUUAAACCUAGUCAAGGAACAACAUCUUCGUUCAGUGCAACCUGGAUGUGGAGUUCCCGAUUGUUCUUGCGUACUUAAGGUACUUGUACCGGAUGAAUUGCAAGGUUCGCUCAUAACCAGAUCAUUGCCUGCUAGACCAAAUAUGAAUACUCGUGAUGUUUGUCGCAUCUUAGCCCAUCAAAUGCGAUGCACUAAUCCUCAAGAUUAUGGUCUCUUCAAGUUGUCAUGCGGAGAAAAUACUCUGCUUUGGGAUCAUCGUCGUCCUCAAGAUUUAACCGACUGUAUGCUAGUUUAUAAACGGAUCGAUGCUAAAAUUGCCUGGCCAAGAGCUACAGAUGUUAACAAAUGCAAAAUCACAGAUUCCUGAUCGAAUAUUCUACAGCUAAGAGCUGCAAGAAUAAUGUCAAUAGGUCUUUGUUCAUUCAAUUGAAGAAAAAUAAUGCAUGCAAUAAUGGU